AUAAUAUCAAAUAAAUAAAAACAAGUCAUCACUCGCAGGGAGUCUGAAGCAGGAAUGGCUUCACAUUCAUUCCUCUCCACACACAUCUCUUCUCAUCAUGCUCCUACUCUUCUCCCUUCUCGAUUUCCAUCUCCAAAUCGUCCUCCAAACUUCACGCUUUCUCUUUCUAGAAACCUCGCCCCUCGCAAUCUCCAUGCCACCUGCAUCGUCGCUUCUCUCCGUCCAAUUGCUCAUAGUAACCACUCGCCGGCGACGGAGUCCGCCGACAGAUCCGCCUGCAACAGGUUUCUAGAUUCGUUUGUCGUAGUUCUCACUUCCGUAGCACUUUCUGUCGCUAUAUUUGUUACCGAUGUCGAUUCUGCGGCUGCUUUUGUUGUCACUCCGUCUCGGAAGUUGCAGACGGAUGAGCUCGCUACUGUUCGUCUUUUCCAGGAAAAUACUCCUUCUGUUGUCUACAUCACUAACUUAGCUGCUAGGCAGGAUGCAUUUACUCUGGAUGUAUUGGAGGUGCCCCAGGGGUCUGGAUCAGGCUUUGUUUGGGAUAAAAAGGGUCAUAUUGUCACAAAUUAUCAUGUUAUUCGAGGUGCGUCUGAUCUCAGGGUAACACUUUCUGAUCAGACCACAUUUGAUGCACAAGUUGUUGGGUUUGACCAAGAUAAGGAUGUUGCAGUACUGCGUAUUGAUGCACCAAAAGAUAAAUUGAGACCAAUACCAGUCGGUGUGUCUGCCGACUUGCUUGUUGGACAAAAAGUGUUUGCUAUAGGAAACCCUUUUGGGCUUGAUCACACACUAACAACUGGUGUCAUCAGUGGGCUAAGGAGAGAAAUAAGCAGUGCUGCAACUGGGCGGCCGAUCCAAGAUGUUAUCCAGACAGAUGCCGCGAUUAACCCUGGUAACAGUGGAGGGCCACUGCUUGAUAGCUCAGGAAACCUUAUUGGGAUAAAUACAGCUAUAUACUCUCCAUCUGGUGCGUCAUCUGGUGUUGGAUUUUCCAUUCCGGUUGACACUGUUGGUGGAAUUGUUGACCAAUUGGUUCAAUUUGGGAAAGUUACAAGACCUAUUUUAGGAAUUAAGUUUGCACCUGAUCAGUCUGUGGAGCAGCUGGGAGUCAGUGGAGUACUUGUCUUAGAUGCUCCUCUAAAUGGUCCAGCUGGAAAAGCGGGUCUGCUACCAACAAAACGUGAUACCUAUGGAAGGCUCAUACUUGGGGACAUCAUUACAUCUGUAAAUGGGAAAAAGGUCUCAAAUGGAAGUGAUUUGUACAGAAUUCUUGACCAGUGCAAAGUGGGUGAAACAGUCACUGUGGAGGUGCUGCGUGGUGACCAUGUAGAGAAGAUCCCUGUGCUACUUGAGCCAAAGGCUGAUGAAUCAUAAUUCCUCAAACUGUGAGGUCAGGUUGUGAAUUUCUAUUCAUUACGAGAAAUGUCUCGCUGUGUAAUUUGACUUAUUGUUUCCUUACUGAGUUACUGGGUCAUGUACAUAAAUCUACACGCCUGUAUUUACGUAAAGUUAAAUACUAUAUAGAUGUAAUCCUUUGACUUCGAGAAUGCUAUUAUAGUUGCUUUACCCUUGUUACC